AAAAAUUUGAUCAACGAGUAAAAUAAUUGGAGCGAAAUAAAUUCAUUUAAUUCACGAAGAAUUCAGGACAGUUUCAUUUCAUCUCAUCUUCAAAAAUUAACGGCGAACCAAGAUUCAAAUUCAAAAGUAAGAACCAUUUAAACGAAAAUGGAUGGCGAUGAUAGUGAAACGGAGGUAGAAAUUAAUGAGGCGGACAGAAAUAUCGCCGGAAAAUUUCAUUCUGGAUUUAUGAGCGAAUGGGAAAAUGAUACGGAAGGUAUUGAAGAAGAACAACAUCCUCAUGAAACACCCGAAAAAGAAAUUUUAUGGGCCGCGGAAAAAGGAAACGUUGAGCUCGUUAGAAAAUUACUCGCUUCCAACAGUCAGUUGAUUAAAUCUUCGGAUAAAGACAGUUAUACGCCAUUGCAUCGCGCUGCUUACAGUAAUCAUUUAGAAGUGCUCAAUACGCUUUUAGAAUAUGGUGCCGAUCACAAAGCCGAAACGUUGGAUAAAUGGACCCCACUGCACUCCGCUUGCCAUUGGAACAGCGCUCAAUGUGCCGCAAAACUAUUGUCAUUAGGAAUCGAUCCGAAUAAACAGACACAAGGAGGUAUUACACCUCUUCAUUUGGCAGCAGGAAAUAAUCAAAGUUUGGAAACUAUUCAAGCAUUAUUAUUACACCCCGACAUCGAUCCGAGAAUAAAAAAUAACAGCAACGAGACCGCGUACGAAAUCGCUGUUCGAAGUGGAAAAUUGGCUAGAUUUUUCGAAGUCACAGAACCUUGUUUCAAUUUUAUCUGAAAUUAAUAUCGUUGCGCACGGUUACUAACAAACUGUUCAAUCUAAAUAUUUAAAAAACUAAUAACAAAUUUUAUAAUUA